CAAAUCAAGUUUCCGUGAAAAUGAUAUCGUAUAAUCUUAUAAUGUAUUUGUCAAUCGUUAAUGAAAACGGUAUUUUGCGCCGUUGAGAUUUUUAAAGCUUUGUUUAAGCAAGCUGGAAACUCAAGUUUAAAAGCUUUCAAGUUAUUGGAUCGAUUAAUUUCCAUGGGGAAUGAUUUUCAAACGACUUGGGCACUUCCACUAUAAAAGUAAUAUUAUUGUUAAUUUAUAAUUUAAAGCCUGUUUUGGUAUAUUUAUUUGAGCAUGUUCAUCGUACGCAGCUUCGAAAAAUCGCAACGUACAUAUAGUUGUUCUCUGUCUAGUACAGUGGCGCUAUAAAAACUGCCAUUCGAUUGUACAGUCAAGGAAAUAUUUGCACAACUCUUAGUCCUUUUCAGAAAACAUCGAACAAUUGACAGGCCAUGAUAUAACGAUGAAUAUUGGUGUGUAAUUUGGCGGUUUAUUGUUGGCAUUUGAUUUUUAAAUCAAGCUAUUGGAAGAGAAUAGUAUCUUGCAAUGUUUGAGUGGGCUUAUGCCGGAGUAAAUGCAUCUAUUCCUAGGAACAUAGGGCCAGAAUGUGCUAAUUACCUUUCAAUGAAAAGGAGAGUGAUCGAAACUUUAUUAGUAUCUGUAUAUAUUAUUCUUUUGAUUAUAUGGAGCUUGAAGAGAAUGACUUUACCAAAAACUGUACCUUAUGUUCAACAAACAAGAUAUGGCAAAAUCAUCCUGCUGACCAUUAUGUCUAUAGUAUUUGGGAUUGAAAUUGGUUUUAAACUUGCAGGAAAAACUUUUGUGUAUAUAUUAAAUCCUUGUCAUAUUUUUACAAUUGCAGAGAUUUAUUUACUUGCAAAUAGUCCUGUUAUAACUGCUAUAUUCAGAUUAGUAAUAUCAGGUUUAAACGGUCCAAUUUUGGCAUACGCAUUUCCAGAAACUGAUUGUCGACCUAUGUUUAUGGAUAAAGCUAUAUAUUAUAUCCAACAUGGGUUGAUGGCUGUGAUUCCUUAUUACCUUAUAAAACUUGAAGGUGCUUAUAGUAUAGAACCAUUAUUUGACAUGAGUUGGACAAUAUUUGGAUAUGCGUUGAAUUUAGCAUAUCACUUUUGGAUACUUCAAAUUGUUGGAAUGUUUGUACAAGUAAAUUUAAGCCAUAUGCUGUGUCCUGCAAUUUUGGAUCCAUUCGAAGGACAAAAUUAUCGUCUCUGGGCAACUUGUCAUCAAUUAUUGUGUAUUCCUUUACUCUACAAGCUCUUUUGCUUAAGUUCAAACUUCUCUCUGACUAAAUUUCAUUUUCAAAAAGUAAAAUCAUAUUUGGAUAAUAUUUUAAUGAAUAAAUUUUUUAAAUUUAAGUAUACAUCAAAGAAUCAUGAGGUUUCAGAAGGUUGUCAAAAUACGCAUAAACAAUACGAAUGAAAUAUAGUCAAAUUAUAUACUGUGAUAGUAUUUUUGCCAAUCUAUACAAAUUCACUUCAGGCGCGUGAUAUUUAUGCCUGAAAUAAAAGUACGAUAUAGUAAAAUUUUAUCUUAUUUCAUUAAUAAUAUUUCUUUAUUUACGAUUAUCGGUUUGUAAAGACAACGAAACUUUAAUGGAGAAAUUGUUUAUCGUAUAGUGCUGGUA